GAUCUUAGGAAGCCGCUCCUGCGCGAACCUCUAGUCCUCAAAGUCUCCUUCCGACCGGCAGCUUUCCGGUAGACCUCCUCCACCGCGAAAGCGCCCCCGCCUGACGCUCUUCGUCCGCGCCGCUGACGUCACUGCUCCGCGCCGGCUGCUCUUUCCCGGCCGUGCAGUGGGCUUUACCGAGGGCGAAAAUGUCUAUGGGUAGUGAUUUCUACCUGCGUUACUACGUUGGGCACAAGGGCAAGUUUGGGCACGAGUUUCUGGAGUUCGAGUUUCGGCCGGACGGAAAGCUUAGAUAUGCCAACAACAGCAACUAUAAAAAUGAUGUGAUGAUCAGAAAAGAGGCCUAUGUUCACAAGAGUGUAAUGGAAGAACUGAAGAGAAUUAUCGACGACAGUGAAAUUACAAAAGAGGACGACGCUUUGUGGCCGCCCCCUGACAGGGUUGGCCGGCAGGAACUUGAAAUUGUAAUUGGGGAUGAACACAUUUCUUUUACCACAUCAAAAAUAGGUUCUCUUAUUGAUGUAAAUCAAUCAAAGGAUCCCGAAGGACUCCGUGUAUUUUACUAUUUGGUGCAGGACUUGAAAUGUUUAGUGUUCAGUCUCAUUGGACUGCAUUUCAAGAUUAAGCCAAUUUAAUUUAAUACUUUGGAGGUUAUUUAUAUAUUUAAUUAAAGGAAGGUUUUUUAUUGAUAAUUUUGGGAUUUUUAUGAAUGUGAAACUUUUGUAUAUAAACUCAAUAUGUGAAAAAAAAACAGGUUUAAUGGUUUUCCUCUCUUGGGUCCAUGUGGGCUAGACAUUCCCUAUAUGCAUUUGAUUCUAUAAAUAAAAGCCCCUUUUUGUCGAAAUUUUGCUCUAAUAAAAUGUACUAAAGCCUG